AGAGAGGGCGGGAGCUCAGAGAAGGAAAAGUCUUCGGACUUGCAGGGGGAAUUCCUCCUGGGCUAACCCGGUAGCGGGGUCCAAGCCACAACCGGCCGGCGGCGGCACAGGCUCCAUGUGCGGCUCCCCCUGGAGGCAGUUGAGCCCCUCGGAGCAGGAGCGCGCAGCACGUGCCUGGCGCAGCCACCGCCUCGCGCAGCCACCGCCUCCCGCCCAGCACCGCACGCGCAUGCGCGGUUAGUAGUCGCUGCUGCGCGGCCGCCGGCGGGACUGGUCUGAAGAGACGCCGGGACCAAGUGGCAACGACUCGGACAUCUGAGCUGUCACUGCCGGAAACAGGCCGCAAGAGAGAUAAUCAAUAUGCGUUUCCAAGCCUUUUGGCUAUGUUUGGGUCUUCUGUUCAUCUCAAUUAAUGCAGAAUUUAUGGAUGAUGAUGUUGAGAUGGAAGACUUUGAAGAAAAUUCAGAAGAAAUAGAUGUUAAUGAAGGUGAACUUCCCUCAGAGAUUAAAUAUAAGACACCUCAACCUAUAGGAGAAGUUUAUUUUGCAGAAACUUUUGAUAGUGGAAGGUUGGCUGGAUGGGUCUUAUCAAAAGCAAAGAAAGAUGACAUGGAUGAGGAAAUUUCGAUAUACGAUGGAAGAUGGGAAAUUGAAGAGUUGAAAGAAAACCAGGUACCUGGUGACAGAGGACUGGUAUUAAAAUCUAGAGCAAAGCAUCAUGCAAUAUCUGCUGUAUUAGCAAAACCCUUCAUUUUUGCUGAUAAACCCUUGAUAGUUCAAUAUGAAGUAAAUUUUCAAGAUGGUAUUGAUUGUGGAGGUGCAUACAUUAAACUCCUAGCAGACACUGAUGAUUUGAUUCUGGAAAACUUUUAUGAUAAAACAUCCUAUAUCAUUAUGUUUGGACCAGAUAAAUGCGGAGAAGAUUAUAAACUUCAUUUUGUCUUCAGACAUAAACAUCCCAAAACUGGAGUUUUCGAAGAGAAACAUGCCAAACCUCCCGAUGUAGACCUUAAAAAGUUCUUUACAGACAGGAAGACUCAUCUUUAUACCCUUGUGGUGAAUCCAGAUGACACAUUUGAGGUGUUAGUUGAUCAAACAGUUGUAAACAAAGGAAGCCUCCUAGAGGAUGUGGUUCCUCCUAUCAACCCUCCCAAAGAAAUUGAAGAUCCCAAUGAUAAAAAACCUGAGGAAUGGGAUGAAAGAGCAAAAAUUCCUGAUCCUUCUGCCAUCAAACCAGAAGACUGGGAUGAAAGUGAACCCGCCCAAAUAGAAGAUUCAAAUGUUGUUAAACCUGCUGGCUGGCUUGAUGAUGAACCAAGAUUUAUCCCUGAUCCUAAUGCUGAAAAACCUGAUGACUGGAAUGAAGACAUGGAUGGAGAAUGGGAGGCACCUCAGAUUCUUAAUCCAGCAUGUCGGAUUGGGUGUGGUGAGUGGAAACCUCCCAUGAUAGAUAACCCAAAAUACAAAGGAGUAUGGAGACCUCCACUGGUCGAUAAUCCUAACUAUCAGGGAAUCUGGAGUCCUCGAAAAAUUCCUAAUCCAGAUUAUUUCGUAGAUGAUCAUCCAUUUCUUCUGACUUCUUUCAGUGCUCUUGGUUUAGAGCUUUGGUCUAUGACCUCUGAUAUCUACUUUGAUAAUUUUAUUAUCUGUUCGGAAAAGGAAGUAGCAGAUCACUGGGCUGCAGAUGGUUGGAGAUGGAAAAUAAUGAUAGCAAAUGCUAAUGAGCCUGGUGUAUUAAAACAGUUAAUGGCAGCUGCUGAAGGGCACCCAUGGCUUUGGUUGAUUUAUCUUGUGACAGCAGGAGUGCCAAUAGCAUUUAUUACUUCAUUUUGUUGGCCAAGAAAAGUAAAGAAAAAAUAUAAAGAUACAGAGUGUAAAAAAACCGACAUAUGUAUACCACAAACAAAAGGAGUACUAGAGCAAGAAGGAAAGGAAGAGAAAGCAGCCCUGGAAAAACCAAUAGACCUGGAAGAGGAAAAAAAGCAAAAUGAUGGUGAAAUGCUUGAAAAAGAAGAGGAAAGUGAACCUGAGGAAAAGAGUGAAGAAGAAAUCGAAAUCAUAGAAGGGCAAGAAGAACGUAAUAAAUCAAAUAAGUCUGGGUCAGAGGAUGAGAUGAAAGAAGCAGAUGAGAGCACAGGAUCUGGAGAUGGGCCGAUAAAGUCAGUACGCAAAAGAAGAGUACGAAAGGACUAAACUAGAUUGAAAUAUUUUUAAUUCCUGAGAGGGAUGUUUGGCAUUGUAAAAAUCAGCAUGCCAGACCUGAACUUUAAUCAGUCUGCACAUCCUGUUUCUAAUAUCUAGCAACAUUAUAUUCUUUCAGACAUUUAUUUUAGUCCUUCAUUUCAGAGGAAAAAAAGCAACUCUGAAGUUACCUCGUCUUUGAAUUUAGAAUAAAAGUGGCACAUUACAUAUCGGAUCUAAGAGAUUAAUACCAUUAGAAGUUACACAGUUUUAGUUGUUUGGAGAUAGUUUUGGUUUGUACAGAACAAAAUAAUAUGUAGCAGCUUCAUUGCUAUUGGAAAAAUCAGCUAUUGGAAUUUCCACUUAAAUGACUAUACAACAAUAUAACUGGUAGUUCUAUAAUAAAAAUGAGCAUGUGUUCUGUUGUACAGAGCUAAAUGCAAUAAA